AUGAGAAGCCGGCCCCUUUAUCCGGGCUCUUUUCAAAUUCUGACCAAUUUUAAGGAACCCCACCCUCUUGCAGUUCAAAGUGAUCUGCUGGUCCUUGCAUUUAUGCAACUGCUGGAGUUAUAUGUCUACCAUUUGGAUUUAAAGUAUAUGAAGUUAACGAUUGGGUAUAAUAUGUUUAUUCCUUCUUCGCGUGAUCUUUCCGUCACUUUAGGGGAAGCCAUUCCCCUUCAUGAUGGAAAAUCUUCUCUUAUACCGAAGAGGAAGGUCUACGAUGCCAUUUGGCAUCUUGUAUCAUCUUACGCCGAGCUGUAUCAGGAAGCGUCUAUAAGGUGUGCGCUGAUUCGCGUUUACUAUGAAUACGGCGAGUCCGUUCCUGAAGUGGUUCGAAGUCAAAAGAGCUCCAAAGAGCUCAUUACAGGGGUUAAAUCCCUGAAGCGCAAGAAGCCUCGCAAAUCAAAGAUAAUAACCUCUAUAAAGCGAAGAAGAAGUGAGAUCGAGCCGCGCCCUUUCAUAGUUGCCGAUACAGAAACAGUCAUAGUUAACGACGUGCAUGUGCCGUACGCGAUAGGUUUCAUGACGGUUUUUCCUGAAAAGGAUCUGUGUUCCUCUCGGAUCACAACCUUUUUCAGCGAGGACCUAGUCGAUGUCCUUGACCGGAUUGACCUCCGCAGCGCCAGAAUGCUUUCCAAUUUCAUUUAUGAUUUGGGACGGGCUGUUAGGCGAAACUCGCGGCUUCGCACCAUUUUUUUGCAUAACUUAUCAAGAUUUGACGGGAUCUUAUUGUUGAAGCAUCUAACGGCUUAUCAUAAUGAAUAUAGGGUCAAAGCACUGCUUCGGAAUAAUAGGAUUUACGAAAUCAAGGUAUACUCCGGCAAGAGGCUGCUUUUCCGUUUCAGGGAUUCCCUGAAUUUCUUCCCUCGAUCUUUGAGGGAGUUAGCCGAUACCUUCUGCCCUGAAUUGGGUUCGAAGGGCUCCAUUGACCACGAUGCAGUUAGCGUGUCAAAUCGAAUUUCGCUUCGGGAAGAAUACGUUAGCUAUCUCCGGCAGGAUAUCCUUAUCCUUGGGGGCGUUAUGCAGAAGGCCCAAGCUCUUUAUCUCUCAAAGUAUAACGUGGAUGUAGAGGCCGUCAUGACAAUUUCAGGCCUUUCACUUCGUAUCUUCCGGGCCAAUUAUUACAAACCUGACCUCUUUCCAAUCUCUACGCUUACUAAGAACGAGGACACUUUCAUCAGGCGCGGCUACUACGGAGGUCACUCAGAUGUGUACAAGCCGUUUGGUGAGAACCUUCUUUUUUAUGACGUCAAUUCCUUGUAUCCGUUCGUGAUGAAGAAUUCUCCGAUGCCCUGCGGUAUUCCGGUCUGGAAGAACAACCUUGAGCAGGUCGACUUGUCUACCCUCUUUGGCUUCAUAGAGGCAAUAGCCAUUUGUCCCAAGGAUCUCAACCGCCCCUUCUUGCCGUACAAGAACCCCCCUGCGGACCCGACCCUUAUUUUUGGCACAUGUCACGUCGUUGGCGUCUACUUUAGCGAGGAACUGAAGUAUGCCCACCAACUGGGUUAUGAUAUUACGCCCCUCCGUGGCUAUCUUUUUGAUAAAAUGAACGACAGCCCCUUUGCUAGCAUCAUUUCUAGCCUUUACGAGCUGCGAAAGCAAGCGAAGAAAGAUGGAUCUGAGGUUAUUUAG